CACAUGGCUCCGCUUCCACCGACAGAAGUUUUUAUAAACACAACCGUCGACCGCUGUUUCUUUUCGAUAUCGCAUCGGAUAGACUGAGAGAAACAGGCAGUGAUGGGCUCCAUGUUUCGCAGCGAGGAGGUGUGCCUGGUGCAGCUCUUCCUCCAGUCUGGCUCGGCUUACAAUUGUGUCAGUGAACUUGGAGAGCUGGGCCUGGUCGAGUUCAGAGACUUGAAUCCCAAUGUGAACGCCUUUCAGAGGAAGUUCGUGGGGGAGGUCAGACGAUGUGAAGAGCUUGAGAAGACAUUCACCUUCCUGGAGCAGGAGAUCAACCGUUCUCUCUCACCGCCCUUGCAGUGUCCCCUUUCUCCCCCUUGCCCAACACCCUCGGCACCCCAGCCCCGUGAGCUGAUUACCAUAGAAGAAGAGAGUGAGAGGCUGGCCAGAGAGCUCAGAGAGGUGUCCAGGAACAGAGACAGCCUGAGGGCCCAGCUGACCCAGCUCUGCCAGUAUCGGGGAGUAUUGAAACAAACCCACUCCCUUAUAGCCUCGCAGGCGGCACCACCUUCUGCACUGGAGAGUCAAAGCAUUUUUGAUAAUCGACAGGAUGUCCACCUCAGUUUUGUGGCAGGAGUGGUACAUCCUUGGAAAGUCCCCUCUUUCGAACGGUUGUUAUGGCGGGCUUGUCGUGGUUACAUCAUAGUAGAUUUUAGAGAAAUGGAGGGACGACUGGAGCACCCUGAUACGGGGGAGAUGGUACAAUGGACAGUGUUCCUUAUUUCCUAUUGGGGAGAUCAGAUCGGGCAGAAAGUCAAGAAGAUCUGUGAUUGCUUCCGCACACAGACAUUUGUAUACCCUGAGAGCACUGCUGAGAGAGAGGAAAUUCUCCAAGGACUCCAAGGCCGAAUUGAAGACAUCAAAUCAGUGUUGUCCCAGACAGAGGCUUUCCUGCAGCAGCUGCUGAUGCGGGCAGUGGCUGUGCUGCCCCAAUGGAAGGUGCGCGUCCAGAAGUGCAAGGCCGUCCAGAUGGUGCUGAACCUCUGCAGCCCCUCCGUCACUGACAAGUGCCUGAUCGCCGAGGCCUGGUGUCCAGUCACUAAGCUGCCCGAACUGCAGAGCGCCCUGCGAGAAGGAGGGAGAAAGAGUGGCAGUGGGGUAGACUCCUUCUACAACCGCCUUCCCUCCGCCACCCCUCCACCAACUCUGUUCCCCAUCAACUCUUUCACGGCUGGCUUCCAAAACAUCGUGGAUGCCUAUGGGGUGGCCAGCUACCGUGAAGUCAACCCAGCGGUGUACACGAUAAUUACCUUCCCCUUCCUGUUUGCGGUGAUGUUUGGGGAUGUUGGACAUGGCUUACUGAUGACCGUGGCUGCCCUCUGGAUGGUUCUGGAGGAGAAGGACCCCAAACUUCAGAACAACAGCAAUGAGAUCUGGAGAAUGAUGUUUGGAGGUCGGUACCUGAUUCUGCUAAUGGGUCUCUUCUCUGUCUACACGGGGGCCAUCUAUAAUGAGUGCUUCAGCAGGGGCCUCAGUCCCUUCAGUUCAGCAUGGCAUGUUGGCCCCAUGUUUGAGAGCAACAAAUGGAAUGCAUCAGUCCUUGCCGGAAACCAGCAUCUGUCCUUGGACCCUGUCGUUGAUGGUGUCUUCUCUAGCCCCUAUCCUUUUGGCAUUGACCCGAUUUGGGGCAUGUCCAACAACAAACUGACGUUCCUCAACUCUUACAAGAUGAAGAUGUCUGUCAUUAUUGGUGUCAUCCACAUGACUUUUGGAGUCUGCCUGUCUUUAUUCAACUACAUGCACUUUCGCCAGAUCAGCAGCGUGUUCCUGGUGCUGAUACCUGAAUUGUUCUUCAUGCUGUGCCUGUUUGGCUACCUGGUCUUCAUGGUGGUGUACAAGUGGAUUGCCUUCACUCCGGCUGAGUCCAAAACUGCCCCCAGCAUACUCAUCCAUUUCAUAGACAUGUUCCUCUUCACAGAAAAUGCAGACAAUCCACCCCUAUAUAAGGGACAGAUGGUGGUUCAGAAGAUCCUGGUUGUGCUAGCUGUGUGUUCUGUGCCUGUUCUGCUGCUGGGAAAGCCAACCCAUGAGUACAUCACACACAAGAAGAGAAGGCAACAUGUAGAUGAGGAGAGAAGUCCCCUCCUAGCUGACAGUGGUUGUAUCAAUGCCCGACAAGGGGAAGUGGAGGGACAGAACCAUCAAGAGGAAGAGUUUGACGCUGCAAAUGAGUUCAUGCAUCAGGCCAUCCACACCAUAGAGUACUGCCUAGGCUGUAUCUCCAACACCGCCUCCUACCUCCGACUUUGGGCUCUCAGCCUGGCACAUGCACAGCUGUCAGAGGUGCUGUGGGUGAUGGUAAUGCGUAUUGCCCUGAGGUGGCAGGGCUACGUAGGAUCUGCAGUCCUUUUCGUGGUGUUUUUCUUCUUCUCUCUUCUGACCGUCUCCAUUCUGCUGGUCAUGGAGGGCCUUUCAGCAUUUCUGCACGCCCUCCGUCUGCACUGGGUGGAGUUCCAGAACAAGUUCUACAGUGGGACAGGCUACAAACUGAGCCCUUUCUCCUUCUCAUCUCUGAUCAAUGCAACAGCUGCUGUGUGAUCAGUCUAAUAAUAAUAAUAAUUAUGUUUGCCAAAAUGUUAUGUAAAUCAGUGUAUCUUACUGAGUGCUUGCUGCCCUCUUAUGCAUUUCAGAGCAUUUUUUUUGUUUCCAUCUUUCUCUGGUGUUUGUCUGCUUCAGUGUUUCUUUGUAAUUUGGUUAAGGAAAAAAAAUAGAUAAGGAAUGGUUAAAUUCAAAUGCACAAUGACCUGAGCAUAAACUGUUAUUUCUGCAUAUUGAUACACAAGUCUAAUGUACCGAUCUUGUGAUUUGUAUAAUCGCCAAUGAAAAACACUUUUUGUAUCCUUCAUCUUGCUUCUCUGUAUUUUUAUUCUAGAUUUUCUUAUUCCCACUGUGUGUAUGCAGUCUGUGGUUCAUUUACUCAGGAAAUGGUUACGGUUUGCAUUUAUUUUUUCAUUGAAUGAGCCUGAAUUGAAGGUGGUUACCAUGAAAGGGGAGCACUUCAAUUCAUCAUUCUUCUGUAAGGUUCAAGGAAAUGUAUUUACAUUGGUCUUGAAAAAGAGAGCUUGUGGGAUUCUUUGAUUGGCAGCAGGAUGUCAUCCAAAUAACUUGUCACAAACCAAAGAUGUGAUUAUGGGUGUCGUCACUAUCGUGUAGUGCCCAGCAUGGACAACUGCUAUUUUUCAACAAAAGUAUUUUUGUAGCCUCAUCAGAUAAUUGCACAGUGCCUGUCAAGAUUUUUUUUUUUUUUUUGGACAGAUGUUGUGAUUCAUUGCUAAACCGUGACUUUGAACUAAGUUUCACUAUAUAUUAUUCCUGUCUUUGCCUGUUUGCACAAUCACAGUGAUAAAUUCUGGCGUAAAAUGAAAUUAAAGAGAAACUCCCUGCUUUUUGUGUGAAGUUUCGUGUAGUUUUAUGCGUCAAGCCUGCAAGCAUUAUCUAACGUUGAGCUUUAUUUAUUUGUUAUGUAUAGUUGAUUAGUUUGGUCAUAAAAGGGUAAGACAGGAACCCCUGCUUGGCUUGUAUUUUUGAGAUGUAAAUACUGAAGCACUUAUUCCACUCAGUUCAUGUCACUGUCAAUGGGCUUCAGAUGAGCUUGUACCCAGUGUGUGAACUAUACCAUGGCUUUUGAGGGAGCUCAAUUUUUUUUUUUUUCGGGGGGGGAAGGGUGUUUGCUUGCAUGUGCCUCAAAGAAAGGGCUGACUGUGACUCUUGUUGCAAAGAUAUUUAUAGCUGCAAGCAUGUAGGCCUAUACUUGCUUUAUGUCAGCACAUCUGAUAUAUAGAGAAUGUGAAAGUAUGUCACCCACGUUGUAUGUUGCGACGGGGGCGCCAUGUUGUUAGGAAUGUGCUCUGUUAGGCAUGUCCAACCAUCCAUUAUCCAAACCGCUUAUCCUGCUCUCAGGGUCGUGGGGAUGCUGGAGCCUCUCCCAGCAGUCAUUGGGCAGCAGGCGGGGAGACACCCUGGACAGGCCACCAGGCCAUCACAGGGCCCACACACACACACACCUAGGGAAAAUGUAGUAUGGCCGAUUCGCCUGACCUACAUGUCUUUGGAUUGUGGGAGAAAACCAGAGCACCUGGAGGAAACCCACGCAGACACGGGGAGAACAUGCAAACUCCACACAGAGCAUGACCCCGGACGACCCCCAAGGUUGGACUACCUUGGGGCUCGAACCCAGGACAUUCUUGCUGUGAGCAACUGUGAUCUGUUCAUUGAAAACAUAAAAAAUAAAUUUAUUUUGACUCAUGUAAUGUGGCCUGGCUUUAUUCCAUAUUGUCUGGAUAAGGUGAACCAUGAAUUCAACAAUAGCAACAUAAUAUAACAAUCAGUUAAUGACCACAUCAAACCUCCACAUGGGUAUCAAAACCAAACAUCACAGUAUGCUACAAUACGGCCAACUAAAGCAGGGCACAGUAUACUCUGUAUAGUUUCUUGGCACAAGUAAGACACGGAUAGGUCAUGAACAUGCCAGCCUGCCUACAAGGGAUUGAGUCCUGAUCAAUAACAG